AUGGUCAGGCCCCGCCCAACGCGGCGGCGCGUCGUAGUGAAGCGAAAGGCGCGCAACUGGGGUUGGUUUGUGAAGUGUCCAAUGCGACUUAUGAGAGGCACAAGGCGGAUACAAGUUGAUGCGGCAGAAGAUGAUUGGAUGUUGCGGCACAGGGAGCAGAUGGAGCAUUUGGGUUUGGAUCCCACAGAUCCACUCCCUCCACAAGAGAGCAUGGAGGAUGAACUGGACGAUCCGGACGUGACGGAGCAAGACAUGCCGCCACUGCCUCCACAACAAGGCAUCUUUCCUCCGCCAAGUCCCAUGAAAGCCUCUCCAUCCACCCAGGUGAUGCAAGCUGCAUCGAAGGGGAAAGAACGGAAGACGGUGAGCCUGAAGACCCGCACGCUUGAGGAGCAGAUUGUGGCCGGCAGGUACGAGCGGGCUCUUGAUCGGUGGGGACAGCAGCAGCAAGAAUGGGAGAAGUUCCGACAUCUUGCAGCUCGAAAGACAGGCAGAGACAAGGAGGAAUUGGUCGUAACCCGCGCCGAAGAACACCGAGAACGGCUGGAGGUGAUGGAACUCCUAGACCGAGCCGGAAGCCCAAAGGCUUGUGAUGCAACCACGAUAUUACCUCCCAGCAUGUGGCUGGGAGGAGGGCUGAACCCUGAGCAGUGGUUCAAGCUCAAAGUGAAGACCGGCCAGGUUUUCGAGGGAUCGGUCCGGGAUGAAGGGGGCAGCCCCCAGGGGACGAUCCUGGUCAGGGUGACCCAGCCGGUGCUGCUGGAUUCAUCCGGCCACCUCUUCCAGGCCGAGUACCUGACUGCAUCCGAUCCGCAUUACAGGUGGUGGAUGACUCACGGUGACGGCCGGGGCCUGAAGAAGAACGCAUCUUACCACUCUUGUGGAGUGAGGGCUCAUGAGUGUCCCUACAAGAAGGGCAAGACGAAGAUCAUCCACUUGGAGCGCAUCAGGCUGAUCGGGGCCAAGGAGUGGAAAGCCAAGACCCCUGCCUGGUGCUUCAAGGCGCCUUGCAAGAAGGAGAUACAAGAGUUCCAUGAUGCGAUGGCCAAGUCGAAUGUGGAGGAGCCAGGUGGAGUUACUUUACCCUGGGCGGAAUCUGACCCGGGUGAAGAGUCAAGUGAGGAGGAGACUGAAGCCGAGGAUGCCGGCACAGCUCAGAAGAUUGCCCGGUUGAAGGCUGAGCUAGAGCGGCUUGAGCGGCGUGGAAAGGCCGAGCCGGCCAAGAAGAAGAAAAAGAGGAAGGGGGGCCAAGGGCCACCUAGGGAGGAGGACCGCAAGGAUAAGGUCAAGAAGAAAAAGAAAGGCAAGAAGCCAGGUCGCAGACGAAAGGCAGAGUCGGAGGAGGAAGUGAUAACCAAGAAGAAGAAGAGAAAGCAGGAGGGUGCUCUGUCUGAGGAAGAGGAGGCCAGCUCUUCGGAAGAGGACCUUUUCAUUGCCAAGAAGUCCAAAAAGGAGGAUCUGGCAAUUUACCCGAAGAAGGGCGACAGAGGCCCCUUCGGUGCAGGUGUCCCCAUGGAGUUUGACGAUGAUGACACGACAGAUUCAGAUCAGGAGGCAGUUUUUCGCGAUGCCCCCGCCCAGCCACAAAAGUCAGGGCAACUAGCCUUGAUGACAUACAGUCACCAGAAGCCCGGGCGAUUGGCGGCCCGUUUGCUGAUGAAGAUGAGGAACGAGGUGACGCUGGGUUCGGCGGGGGCAGAAGGCAGCAGCCGGGAAAAGACUCCGGCCACAGGAGUUCAGUACCUGCUCACCAUCCUCCUGCCGCAGCUGGGCCAGCGAGCCAACCUGAGGACCCAGCGAGAACUGAGGACGCUGAUGGUCGCGGUCGACCUCCUAGCUCGCAAGAACCCGGCCAGAGCGGCAGACGUUCUCUGUCAACGAGUCAAAGCCCUGGAAAGGGCAAGCAUGGACGGAGGGUGGUCGAGCGCUCAAUUUCUCGAACUCAUCCCGGCGGAGAAUUCAUCACUCCUCGAGCGCGACGAGGAAGUCUACCUGAGCAAGGAGGCCCUCUUGGAGCAGAAGCUUCGCCGGAAAGAUCAAGGCGGUCUUUGGAAAGGCGGCGGAGUCCGAGCAGAUCGGAAAGGCGAGAAGGGCCGCGGAAAAGGGUCGAAGAACCAGGAGGACACAGCCAAGGGUCGGGGAAAGACCGACUCAAAGGACAAGUGA